GCAUGCUCGUAGGCAGCGGUGACGGCCGUGGGGACCGCUAAGAUGUCGGCUGUGGCCGUUCCGGAGCUGAAACAGAUCAGCCGGGAGGAGGCUAUGCGCCUGGGGCCGGGCUGGAGCCACUCAUGCCACGCCAUGCUGUACGCCGCCAACCCCGGGCAGCUCUUCGGGCGCAUCCCCAUGCGCUUCUCGGUGCUGAUGCAGAUGCGCUUCGACGGGCUGCUGGGCUUCCCGGGGGGCUUCGUGGACCGCCGCCUCUGGUCGCUGGAGGACGGGCUGAACUGGGUGCUGGGCCUGGGCCUGGGCGGCCUGCGCCUCACCAAGGCCGACUACCUGAGCUCGCACCUGACGGAGGGCCCGCACCGCGUCGUGGCGCACCUGUACGCGCGGCAGCUGACGCUCGAGCAGCUGCACGCCGUGGAGAUCAGCGCCGUGCACUCCCGCGACCACGGCCUGGAGGUGGGGCCGCCGCCCGGGCCCCGCCCCCCGCCCCGGGGUUUGGCUCUGGCGCUGCAGAAGGCACCGAAGGGUGCUGGGCCUCGUACGAGUCCCCCUGUACACGCAGAAGGACCGGGUCGGAGGCUUCCCCAACUUUCUGAGCAACGCCUUCGUCAGCACUGCCAAGUACCAGCUCCUGUUUGCCCUCAAGGCGCUCAACAUGAUGCCCGCAGAGAAGCUGGCUGAGGCUGUGGCUGCAGCCACAGAGAAGCAGAAAAAGGCCCUGGAGAAGCUGCUCCCUGCUUCCUCCUGAGGUCCUCAGCCACCCUCACCUACCCCCAGGCUGCGUUUGUGCCCAUGGGCCCUGGAAUUCCUGUGAAGUGUGCCUUCUAGCCUGUUUUUGCACCCCAGUCUCGACUGAACUGGAUGCGCAGUCUCUGGGGCCCAGCUGCCUGCUCAGGUUGGUGGGUGGGGGGGUCCCGGACGCUUUCAUCCCCCAGGCUGUCUAGGAGGCCAUGCUCAGCUCAUUCCCAAAUCCUUCCCGAGGCAGCCAGGACCUGCGCUGGCCUGGGGUAGGAGGUUGUACUGUUGAUUUCGGUUGUUGGGUUCAUGGUGUGUAAACUGUGGGUGAGGUUUCAAAGGGGCUCUGCUCUGUGUACAUGGCUUGCCUCCCCAGGGCGGAGGGCCUUGCGCCCCAGCUCUGUGGGACUGAAGGAUGAUGACAAUAAAGUCCCUCCGUGCUGCUCA